AUGUUUGUGGAUAUUGUGAUUGCAUUUCAUGAUUGUGAUAGUUUAAAACUUUAUUUGCACCAGGUUAGGGUGAGGAUUGGGUCCCCUAUUGCUGGCUAUGGCCAAGAAAGUAGGAAUCGUGCUGCUCGUCAGCGAAUUCCUAAUCGAACAUGGACUGAUGAGGAUGGCAAUGAGCAUGUUGAGAUCAAUGGAUCACUUGCUAGGAAGGCCAUUAGAGAAAUGAUGGCUAGAGGUAUCCACAUAUCCACAGAUAGCAUUUGGUGGUGGCAAAGUGCUGUAGAUUCUCUUGUUGUGGCCUAUUUGUCCACACUUCUUGCACUUCACAUUCAAAAUCACCCUGCUUGCAUCCCCUACUACAUUGCAUGA